UCAAGAGCUCAAUAUACUGCAACCAAUACUAAAAAAUCCACUAGUAAACCAGAAACACACAAAACCCUUAUUUAAAAAUGGCAGUGAUGAGUCACAACAAAGCAGAAGGCAGGCUAUACGAGUCAACUCAGACUCGGCUAGUUCCUUACAUACGAACUGUUGGCCAAGAGAGCGGAGGAGACGAUGAUGACGACGACAAAGACGUGGCUCCGGCGGCUUGAUCAUGUGCAUUUUACCGUAUAUAUGCUAUUUAUAAACUAAAUAGCAACCAGUUAAUUCAGUAGUAAUUGUGCUUCUUGUCAUAGAACCACACACACACAUAUCUAUUUAGCUGAAGCACUAGAUGUGCCUGUAUAUCCAUGUCGCAAGCAGGCCUUUAUAGUAUGUAUUACAUAAACAACAUUUCUGA